UCAGGACUUUAUCGCUGACUGCCCGGUGGCUGUAAGCGGGAACGGACGCUGUGGUUAGCUGUCUGGCUAACGGCUAGGCUAACCUCCGAGCUGAAAAGCGUCCAUUUGAUCAGGCCACAGGAGUACAGUUACCUGUGCAGGUGCAUGCCCCAGGCUGAGUCCUCGUCCUGUCAGACUGAGCGCAGAUCUCCAUGAUAAGAUCUGUAUGACCUGUAGCGUCCCGAUUUUGGUCAGACUCGGGAUUUGAUGUUUACAUGGACCACGAGAAGCCGGUUUAUUCACAUCCCAGACCAGCAGCAGUAUGGCAGACGACCUGGACAUCGAGGCGAUGCUGGAGGCUCCAUACAGGAAGGAGGACACCAAGGCCCCGAGCCCCAAUGGACAGGAGGAGCGCACCAAGAGGAAGAAGCGAAGCCGCAGCCACAGCCGCGACAGGAAGCGCAGCAGGAGUCGAGACAGGAAGAGGAGCCGCAGUCGAGAGCGUAAACGCAGCCGCAGCAGAGACAGACGAAGAAGUCACAGCCGCAGCCGAGAACGACGCCGCAGCCGCAGCCGGGAGAGAGGGGGGCGCUACAGAGACCACCAGAAGCACCGCCGGCGAUCGAGGAGUAAGAGUCCCUUCAGGAAGGAGAAGAGUCCGAUCAGGCAGCCAAUAGAUAACCUGACUCCAGAGGAACGAGAUGCCCGGACGGUCUUCUGUAUGCAGCUGGCAGCCAGGAUACGACCUCGAGACCUGGAGGAGUUCUUCUCUGCUGUGGGGAAUGUCCGAGACGUUAGGAUGAUCUCUGACAGAAAUUCCCGAAGGUCGAAGGGCAUUGCCUACAUCGAGUUUGUGGAGGCAAACUCAGUUCCUCUGGCCAUCGGACUGACGGGGCAAAGGCUGCUGGGGGUUCCCAUCAUCGUACAGGCCUCACAGGCAGAGAAGAACCGGGCAGCAGCUGCAGCCAACAACCUGCAGAAGGGAACAUCGGGACCGAUGAGGCUGUAUGUCGGCUCUCUGCACUUCAACAUCACCGAGGAGAUGCUGAGAGGAAUCUUUGAACCGUUUGGACGGAUUGAGAGCAUCCAGCUGAUGAUGGACAGUGAGACUGGACGAUCUAAAGGCUACGGCUUCAUCACUUUUGCAGAUGCAGAGUGCGCUAAGAAAGCUCUGGAGCAGCUGAACGGCUUCGAGCUGGCAGGUCGACCCAUGAAGGUGGGUCAUGUGACAGAGCGGACCGACGCCUCCACAGCGUCGUCUUUCCUCGACAGUGACGAACUCGAACGCACCGGCGUCGACCUGGGAACCACCGGGCGACUGCAGCUCAUGGCCCGACUCGCUGAGGGUACAGGUCUGCAGAUCCCUCCUGCUGCUCAGCAGGCUCUACAGAUGAGUGGAGCUAUCGCUAUAGGAGCCAUGGCUGCUGUGUCAGCCGCAAUGAACCCGGCCAUGAAUCCAGCUCUCAACAUGAACAUGAACUCUGCUGCUCUGAAUCUUCCCUCUCAGCCGCUCGCCACACACUGCUUUCAGCUGUCUAACAUGUUCAACCCCAACAGUGAGGAGGCUCCUGGUUGGGAGAUGGAUAUCCAGCAUGAUGUCAUAGAGGAGUGUAACAAACAUGGAGGAGUCGUUCACAUCUACGUCGACAAAAACUCCACUGAGGGAAACGUCUACGUCAAAUGUCCGACGAUCCCAGCUGCCAUGGCUGCUGUCAACGCCCUCCACGGGAGAUACUUUGCUGGUAAGAUGAUCACGGCGGCUUACAUCCCCCUGCCCACCUAUCACAACCUGUUCCCAGAGUCUGUUACCGUCACACAGCUUCUGGCCCCGCCCCCACGACGGUGACUCGCCAACAACACUGGACACUGGACAUUAGAGCCCGCCCCUCUUUUAUAGCCUCCUCUCGAAUUGGUCGACACAGACGAGUCAGUUUCACUUCCGACCAUCGGGUCUGAGGAUGCUGUUUGUUUUUGGUUUUUUUUCUGCCCCGCCCCCUCUGAGUAUUGUCCAAUGAUUGAGCUCUGUGAGCUGUGAGGAGGCCGGCUGAUGAUGAUGAUGAAGAUGAAGAUGGCAUCAGCUGAAUCGGUUGGUUUGAAGCUGUUUGUUAUUUAACAGUUUUUCUAAUCGAGAUUUGAUUUUGUAAAAAUGUUGAUUAAAUUUUAUUUUCAAGUCAA